GGCGUGGCCAAGCGGUGGGCGUGGCCGGGCGAAGAUGGCAGCGCUGAGCGGGGACGCGCUGGGGCUGGAACGGGACGUGUCCCGGGCCGUGGAGCUGCUGGAGCGGCUCCAGCGCAGUGGGGAGCUGCCCCCCCAAAAGCUGCAGGCGCUGCAGAGGGUCCUGCAGAGCAAGUUCUGCUCCGCCAUCCGCGAGGUGUACGAGCAGCUCUACGACACCCUGGACAUCGCGGGGAGCCCCGAAAUCCGCGCCCACGCCACGGCCAAGGCCACGGUGGCGGCGUUCGCGGCCAGCGAGGGCCACGCGCACCCGCGGGUGGUGGAGCUGCCCAAGACCGAGGAGGGUUUGGGCUUCAACAUCAUGGGGGGCAAAGAGCAGAACUCGCCCAUCUACAUCUCCCGCGUCAUCCCCGGCGGCGUCGCCGACCGCCACGGCGGCCUGAAACGCGGCGACCAGCUGCUGAGCGUCAACGGCGUGAGCGUGGAGGGGGAGCAGCACGAGCGCGCGGUGGAGCUGCUGAAGGCGGCGCAGGGCUCGGUGAAACUCGUGGUCCGGUACACGCCGCGCGUGCUGGAGGAGAUGGAGGCGCGAUUCGAGAAACUGCGAACGGCGCGGCGCCGGCAGCACAACAGCUACUCGUCACUGGAAUCGAGGGGGUAGAACCCCCCGGGACCCCCCGCGACACCCCUGGGACCCCCCAGGACCCCCCAAAAUCACCUGGGACCACCCGGGACCCCCCAAAUUCACCUGGGACCCACCCGGGACCCCCCAAAAUCACCUGGGACCCCUCUGGGACCUCUCUGGGACCCCCCAGGACCCCCCAAAUUCACCUGGGACCCCCCCGGGACCCCCCAAAGUCUCCCCUGGACACCCUCAGGACCCCCCAAAGUCCCCCAGGACCCCUCUUGGACUUCUCUGGGACCCCCCAGGACCCCCCAAAGUCCCCCCUGGACCCCUCUGGGACCUCUCUGGGACCCCCCAAAAUCACCUGGGACCCCUCUGGGACCCCCCAAAUUCACUUGGGACCCCCCGGGGACCCCCCAGAACCCUCCAGGGACUUUCUGGGACCCCCCAAAGUCACCUGGGAUACCCCCCCAGGACCCCUCUGGGACCCCCCAAAGUCACCCGGGACCCCUCUGGGACCCCCCCGGACCCCUCUGGGACCCCCCGCCCCCCCCGGGUACAUUUGGGAUUUCUGUACAGUAUUUAUUGGCGGCUAUUUAAAGGCGUGGCCCAGGUGGGUCACCUGUGUCA